CCUGUAGGUUCAUUCAAUCUCCCAUACACACGGACCCACACAGUGAGAGCGACACACACUCACACUCACAACCGCACGCAGCGAGGCUCGGGAAGUCAGGCCGGCUCCUUGCCCCGGUGCCUCGGUGACUCCAGCAGGCCGGGUCUCCCAGGGGCCCUACAGCUCGGCCGGCCGCGCAGCCCCGGACCAAGAGCAGCUCGGCGGACCCCCGUGCCUCCAUGGGCAAACGCGGGCGGCCGCGCAAGGAGGCGCGCUGCGAGGGCGCGGGGCUGGUCCCCGUCGCGCCCCCGGCCAUGCCCCCGGCCGCGGCCGCGCCCCAACCCCCGGCGCAGCCGGAGGAGCCGGCGGGGGCCAAGCCCCGCUGCCCCUUCUCGGACAUUUUCAACACCAGCGAGAACUCGAUGGAGAAGCACAUCAACACUUUUCUGCAGAACGUGCAGAUUCUGCUCGAGGCAGCCAGCUACCUGGAGCAGAUCGAGAAAGAAAACAAAAAGUGUGAACAUGGCUACGCCUCAUCGUUCCCCUCCAUGCCGAGCCCCCGGCUACAGCACUCGAAGCCCCCACGGAGGUUGAGCCGGGCACAGAAACACAGCAAUGGGAGCAGCAACAGCAGCACUGCCAACAGGUCUACACACAAUGAGUUGGAAAAGAACCGACGAGCUCACCUGCGCCUAUGUUUAGAACGCUUGAAAGUUCUGAUCCCGCUGGGCCCAGACUGCACCAGGCACACAACACUCGGUUUGCUCAACAAAGCCAAAGCACACAUCAAGAAACUUGAAGAAGCUGAGAGGAAGAGCCAGCACCAGCUUGAGAACUUGGAACGAGAACAGAGAUUUUUAAAGCGGCGACUGGAACAGCUGCAGGGGCCUCAGGAGAUGGAGCGGAUACGAAUGGACAGCAUUGGAUCAACCAUCUCUUCAGAUCGCUCGGAUUCAGAGCGAGACACUUGGCUGAAACCUGUUGCACUUCAGGUGCUGAGGACGGAAUGGAGAAACCCUCUGGUUUCCUUUGCAGUCACUCCCAGACAGGACGAUGGGCUGCAAGCCUUCAUUACAAACCUCCACCUACAUCACAUCAACUAG